AUGACGAGCUUCACCACCAUUGACCUCGAAUUCGGCGCAGCAGCACGGCAGGCGUGGCACCCAUCCGAAAAGCGUGCCUCCAGCGGCCCAGCGCCAGCACCAGCGCCAGCGCCAGUCGACGGCAGCAUAGCUCGUGUGCACGCGAUGGCUCGAGUACGGCUUGUACACGUCCGGGUCUUGGCCGCCUUCACUUCGACACUGAUGGGCGCGCUCAGUACAGGACAUGUCGCGCUCAGACAGAAGAAGGCUAGCCUAGGAGGCAUGCGCAAAAGCCCAGCUGGACACGGACCAAGGACAAUCCUCAGCGCACAACAAGUGGGACCAGACUUUCCUUUGUUCUCCAGCCAUCAAAUCCCCAUACCGGCCGAAGAUCUCGAGUCCCUUGUCCUCGGACCACCCCAGCCCAAACACGAUCCAUAUCAGGCGUGUAUCGCAUUGACCAUGCGCAGGCGCAGGACAUUUCUAUCUCGUGACAGCGAAGAGUCAGCGUUUGCUCGACCCUCGGAAGAGUGGGACUUACACGAUGCAAAUGCGUUGGUAGAAGGACAACGUUUCUGGCUCGAGGCCAUGACUGACCAUAUGUAG